AUGUAUGUUACCUUCAAAUUGUUGGUGUGGAGCUGCGCACAAUCUGUCUUAGCCGUGCCCGAUGACAUCUUUCAGAUGCGUCUACCUUUCCCUGUUGUAUCGCACCCACUGCAGCUGUCACCCAGCCUAUUUGCGGCUGCGGAACGUCUGCCACUGACCUCUUAUGUAGCCAAUUCUACAUAUCCUAGUCGACUAACCGACGUUCCAUUCCCGACGGGUGCUUGGUGGUCAAAUCUGGUGUUGGACCAAGGGAAUUCCGCUGUUGUGUCUAUGCCAUAUGUGUAUAAGAUCUUGGAUAAGAAGCUGCAUGUAAGCUUUCCAAUUCGCGUUGUAUCACCCCGAAGUAUCGAGAUGGGAUUUGUCGCUCAGAUGGUCAUAAGCUCUCAAGCGGUUCAGCCUUCAAUACUUCCACUAGCGCAUCACGUUGUAAAUUUUGAUUCCUUUAGUGCAACAGUGAGUUUUAGCCGUGGUCAAACUGAAGAAUUUCGUGCAUAUCUUAUGCGAGGCUCACCUUACACAACAUUGGAGUAUAAUUGCAGCCGCCCCGUACUGGAAGCUAGAGAUGGGUUGCAAAUUAAUCGUUUCAAAAAACUUGAAGGCCUUACGUUUAUGAAUGGAAAAGACGUACCCUUUGCCACUUUUGCGGCACAGCUUAGCAACGGUCAGACCUGGUACAUAUAUGCCUCGUCAAAGCAGCUCGCCCUCACGCUGAACAACAAAGGAGAGGUGACCAGUGUUGAUGAAUUUACGGGUGUAUUAAGGAUUGCUCUUUGUCAUGAUGCCAAAAUGAUGCCACUCUUGCUGGAAUCAGCGUAUGUGUACGCUAUCGGAGGUGAUGUUACCUAUUCUGUGGUUUCGCAAGACCCAAAUAUGGUGCUGUUUAAAUUUUGGUGGAAGACAAAAAGUUUUUCGGCAUUUCAUGGCGAAACGGAUGAGGUCACGGACGACGAGAAAAACAAGCUUCUUAUGCUAGCAUUGCCCCACCACAUAGACAUAAUACAAGGUCAGACGGGCAACAUGCCAUUGAAGGCGGGAACAAAUAAAAUAUUAUCGGGUUUAGCUUAUAUGAGCAUUCGUGGCGUAAUGAAAGGAGUUUAUGGAGCUGUGUGGCACAUGACUGAGUCAUUACCAGAGGUUGAAUGGAACUAUGCUGAUGACGGACUUUUUAGCGAUGAUUUUAGCAGCGAGCAUUUUGACGACAAGCAGUUCCGACUUGACAUGCGCGCUAAGGUAACAGAGGCUAUCAUCAGAGAACUACCGGGUGAUGCUGAUAAGUACCCACUGCCGAUGAGCCCAGACUCAUACAACUUUGGCAAGCAAGUUAGCCGUGAUGCACGAUUGCUGCUGAUUGCAGACAAGUUUCAGCAGCAUACACUGAAGCAAAAAAUGCUGACAAAGAUCGAAAAGGAUAUUGUCGACUGGCUUGAAGGCACGAACACCGAUCAUUUUGUUUACGACCGAACCUUUGGUGGUCUGAUUACUAAGAACGGCUGGAAGGAUGAACAAGCUGAUUACGGCAACGGUUACUACAAUGAUCACCAUUUUCACUAUGGUUACUUUGUGUAUGCGCUUGCAACAAUUCGAAAGUUUGAUCCCAACUUCAUCGAAAAUCAUGCACAAGCUUGCGCUCUGAUUAUUGGUGAUAUUGGAACACCGCUACUCAACAGCAACACCACGUUUUACAACAAUCUGCCCGUGCAAUUGCUGUUCCCAACUGCUCGCCACAAAGACUGGUUUGUCGGCCAUUCAUAUGCAAGUGGGUUAUUUACGAUGGAAAACGGAAAGUCUCAGGAAAGCAGCAGUGAAAGUUUAAACGCAUACUAUGCUCUUGUGCUGUUCUCCAUGCUUGAUGUAAAUGCUACCGAAACAAUCGAAGACACCUCGUACUAUCAAUAUGCACGUCUCUUACUUGCUACUGAGUUGCGAUCAGUAAAAAAAUAUUGGCAUAUGAAAGUUAAUUCAAAAAUUUAUGAACCAGUCUUCUCGAAAAACAUCAUGGUCGGUGUGGUGGGCGAGAUGAAUGUGGUGUACAAUACGUGGUUCGGUGAUCGUGCUGUCUACAUUCAUGGUAUAAACAUGCUCCCUUUUACGCCUUUUACACCACAACUGCUGGACGAAACGUUUAUCAUGCGCGAGUAUCAGCUGCUCGGUCAGGAUCUGCCCGAUCUAGAUCGAUACGAUAUCUGGCGUUCAAUCGUCGUAUUGGACCACGCGAUAUUAGACGCAGCAAAAGCUUGGGAUGAGCUUAAUCAAACAGUCAAUGCCUUUGACACGUGGUCUUCACGUUCUAACGCAAUGUACUGGAUUGCCACUCGCUCAUCAUGGCUUGCUCAAAAAAAUCGUACAGAGCUGCGUGACCCAAUCACCGAUGUGGAUAAAAACUGCUUUGGAUUCCCAGCUUGUGCAUCAGCCGGAAACAAUGGCACUGCUUUACUGUGUUGCAGUACCUUGCCAGGAUGUUGCCCGAGUGCCUUGAGCUGUUGUCCGCACGAAGACCCACCUUUGUUGCCGAGUAAUGCUUGCUAUGGCGAGUAUGACUGCGCCAGGCUUGAAUUAGGUUGCUGCAACACCAUUGAUGGAUGUUGUGAACCUGAUCCCGUUUCAGGAACCGUGCUGAAUUGCUGUCAUAGCCAACAUCAAUUCAUCAGCAACACAACCGAAAAGGUGAAGGAGGAGGACAAAGAUACAUCUUUGUGUUUUGGUGAGCCAAUCUGCGCAGCAGCUAAGCUCGACUGUUGUGGAGCACCUAGCGGCUGCUGCUCCGAUUCUGAUACCAAACUUAAUUGCUGUUUAUCCAGAAACCCGACUAGUGCUUCAUCCAAUUCUUCUCACUCAAGCAAUGACAACAAUUGCCAUGGACAACCAAAAUGUGCGGCUGCUGGGUUGGAUUGUUGUGGUUGGGACGAAGGCUGCUGCAAGUCAGAUUCUAUCUCGGGGUUCAAGUUGGACUGCUGCGAAGCGCCUCCCGGUACCAGUUCCACCCUCGUGAAAAAUGGUGAACAUCAUUCUCACAAUCUUAGUUCAAGUGACGAUUCAUCUCCCAAAGAGAAUUAUGAUGGUUAUUUUCGCAUUAUGGUCGGGAUUAGUGGAGCUGUUCUGCUUACCGCGAUUGUGUACGCUAUGGGCCUCUGCUAUCGUCGCCACGGAUAUUCUAAUAUUGACGGUGACAUGCGAACACUCUACUGCACUGGGCUGAUGAGAGAAAAGCACCGCAUAGUAAUCACCUUCUAUCAACUGUACAAAGCUUAUCAGCGCGGAAAGGCACAUACGACAGCCUACAAAUACAGGCGCUGA